AUGCGCAUCCCCUACCUCCUCUCGCUCCUCCCCCUCCUCGUCGCAGCCGACAGUCAAGCGCCCCUCAAGGACAAAGCCGCCGGCUGGUUCGACAAGGCAAAGUCGUACGUCUCGAGCGCCGUCCCCUCCGCCAUCCCCGUGCCGGAGAUCCCCCACCCCAUCGACGCCGGCGCCGCCAAAGUCGCGGAAAAUGUCGUCGAGAAGAUCAACGUCCGCAACUGGCAGCGCAAACUGUCGCCGAAGCUGGACGCGGAGGAGGAGUGGAUGAUCUACUUGACUGGCGGGAACAAGUCGUGUUACGGGAGAUGCGGGCCCGUCAAUACCGUGUGGAAUGAAUCCGUACCUCUCCUCGCGGCGCUCUCGGCCUCACCGGGCUCCCGGCGCCUCAAACUCGGCCUCCUCGACUGCGAAAAGGACGAGGUCCUCUGCACGGCCUGGGCGUCCGGCGUCCCCGUGAUCUACCACUUCAUGGUCCCCAAGGCGGCAGCAGCUGCUGCGGAUGCCUCGUCUGGACCUUCCACCGCCGACGCGCCCACCCCGCUGCACAUUGUGCCCCUGAACCUGACGUCCACCGAGGUGAGCGACAUUGUGUCCAUCCCCUCGGCGAGCAAAUCCCGGUACUUGGACUACGAGGAAUAUACCGGUCUGUUGCACCCGAUUGACGGGCUGAUGGCCAAAUUCGGCCUGUUGCAGCCGUUCGGGUACUUCAUGUGGGCGCUGGGCUCGGUGCCCGGGUGGGUGAUGAUGCUGGGCAUCAGCUUUGUGAGCCGUCAGAUCAUGAGCCGGCGGAUGGCCGGGUCGGGGGGCAUUCCUGAGGCGGCGCCACAGGCGCAGGCGGCCCCGGCGCCGAGGGUUGCGCCUGCGACGGGGAGCCAACCUAGAGGGGGUGCUGGGGGCAGUGCGAAGAAGAGGAAGUGA